GGUAAAAUCCGGGGUAUGGCGUACCUUGACGAUCUUAACCAUACGUGUGAUCUCGACGACUGAGAUUAAAUUUUAUUAAAUGAUUUGUUUUUUUGGAAUUUAUAUUAAAUAAAAUUACAGGAAGACUCAUAGAAUUAGUUUUUCUUUCAUUUUAGUCCUCUAUGUCCGUGGGUUGGGUAGUUUGAGUUGGGUUUUUUCAAUAUUUUGAUUGAACCCAAAUUCAACCACCCCAAAACAUAAAGGGUACCUACCCCAUCCAACCCUACCAGCACUUCGUUCCCCCCAUCCCGACCCUCUCUUCUCCGCUGCUACACGCCGCUACCUUAAUGCCCUAUCCUCUUCCCCUGUUCCUCCGUCCUCCGCCGCUACCACUCUCCCUACCCUUUCUAAUCUCCCUUGUCGGCCCCAAAUUCAUCGCUCACCAACAACUUAGACUCUCCUUGCAGAAGGGAUUUCGAAUCCUUGCAACCAGAAGAAGAAGGAAGGGUUCUCAUCUGCUCGCUUUUUCUGGCGAUUGGCGUUAUGGCUUCUCGAACGAGUUGCAGAGACCUUCGUCGAAAGAAAAAGGGGUGACCUCCCCACCGGAGAGUCCUCCCACGACGACACAAAUGGUCUUUGAUGACCCCGACGCCAUUAGCCUCGCUUCCAAGUUCCGUCGCUAACAGAUCAACGGCGGCGCCUCAAUGUUCUAUCAUUGAUGAUGUCAAACCUUCCUGGGUUAAGUUCUGCGAAUUUUGUUUAUCGCACAUAUUUGUUUUAAAACUAGAUAUGCCAUACCCUCAAAAUCAAUACUAGGACCAUGUUGUAUCAGUAUGCUAUUAUGGAAAUUUUGGGGAUUUAUGUGGAGUAGAAAACUGAAGUUUGAAUUUGAAAAAAAAAAGAACUGAAAUUUGAAAUACGAACAGGAAGAAGACGAUCGAAGUGAAGCUUCGGAUCGUUUCUCAACCACUCACGAGAUGGAAUGUGGGCUAACAUCAUCACACUUAUAGUUUCCAUAAACUUAGCAUACAAAACAAGAAACGUUGGCAACUUAG